AGACACACGACGCCCCCUCACCCUCGCCCCAUCGCACGCUCCCCCGAGCGCCUACUCGACCGCGACUGCUCCCACCAGCUCCUGCCGCAGCACCGGUAGACCUCACCACCGUCGAUGAGAUAGCGAUCGAGCCGCCGCCAGAGCCUGAGCACGCCCUUUCCGGGGACGAGCAUCGCGCGCUCGCUGCCCACCAUGGCCAACCCGCAGUACAACCAGUACCAGCAGAACAUGCACAGCAUGCCGCCGCUGCAGACGCAGAACCAGAUGCAGAACCAACGCGCCUUCUCCCCGCCGUCGUACCAGCAGUCACCGGGCGCCAUGUCCCCAACCGUCGGCGGGAUUCCCCCCGCUAAACGGCAGCGACUUUCACCGAACCCGCCCUCGCCGUACCAGUCGCCCUUCUCUGCCUCGCCAUAUGCAACCAAUGCGACCUCCCCAUAUGCUACCUCGCCGCCGGGUAGCCAAUACCUCUCCCUCCCCCAGUCGCCUGCGACCGCACAACCCUCGCACGCCUUCAACCAGCCGCAACCGUAUCAGCACCCGAACAUGGACCAUCGACCGGCCCCUCAGGGAUCUAUGCCGCCGCCAAAGGUGCCAUACAGCAAGGCCCAGGACAAUGCGGAGCUUGAAAAGGCCAAUCCGCGGGACAUGGACGUUAAUAAUAUCAGCGAUGUCCUGACCGGAUCUGGAAUCGACCUGCGCGCCGAGGAGGACAAUCUCCUGCAUACCUUUGGAAGCCGCAACUACGGAGUGUCGUUCAACUCGCAAGGUUCUGGAUCGACAAUAUCUCCGCACGGCAGCUUCAACCAGUGGGGCCAGCAAGCCGGCCACGGCGCCUUCCAGGGAACCGGACCGUUGAGUCAGCCAAUGUCUGAAGAGCAACAGAAAGCAGAGUUCCUCCGCAAGCACGAACAAGCCGCCCGGAUCCUGAACGAGGCGGCCGAAAAGCCCCUCACGGACCCUUUCCUGUUGGCCGGUGUCCUGCGACAACGAAUAUCUAAGCGAGCCUACGAGCAUGGCAUCACCGUCAACCUCGAAGGUUUGUUCGAUAAGAUCCCAGACACCCCCCAGAAUGUCACGCGCACUACCAUGGCAAGCUCUAAUGGCGAAGCGAUAGUGGGACUCCAAGCCUCUAGCCUCCUCAGCCAACAUGCUCCCUUUGUGGAGGUGCUUUCACUGCUCUCCCUCGCUGCCGAGGAACGCGUGCGAACCGUUUUGGAAGACUCAUUCGCCCUAUCGCAGGGCCGCCAGAACACUUCGCAUGGCGUUGUACCUCCCAGCCUUGCUGAUAUUGCCGUUGCUGACAAAGAGUCGCGGCCGACGCAGGCAGCACAAGUCAACCUCUCAAAGACCCCAUGGGAAGCACCAGAUAGUGCGGUCAGCCCGAUGACGGUCACCGCUCAAAAGCAACCGCCUAACGCAGCACGCUUGCCUACUCCGCCGUCCGAAGCGCCCCCCACACCACAGGCUACCGUGCAAUUCACAAACAAGGUUGCCAAUGUCCUGAAGCGAAAGGUGGCAGACGACGAACGUUUCGAAAAGGAGCGCAUCCGCAAGCGGCAUAAACGGCUACAAGGCAGCUCGGGUACUCCGGCAGACACUCCCACUAUUGCGCCGCUGCCCCUGCCGGAGAAGAUGACAAAGAAGGAGCGAGACCGCUUGAACAAGAUGGGUCAGACGGAGGACGUUCUUCACCGGAAAGCGAACGAGACAGCUAGCAUGGCUCUUGGCAGUAAGAAGAAGUACGCCUGGAUGACAGGAGGCGGUACGGCGUCUGGUGCUUCUACCCCGAGACUCAACACUGCCGUUGGUGGUGCAAGCGGAACAGCUACCCCAGCGGUGCAGCAAAUCGACCGCGCCUUGAUAGCGAGGAAGAGGCAGUUUGGAGCGAACAUUGAAAAGUCGGAAAUCGGAGAGAGGAUCCAGAUCCGGGACCUGGUGCAUGUGCUUGAGCAGGACGGUAGGGAACGCAAGACGCUAGUCCAGAUUCUAGCAAGGCUGAGGAACACGGAGAAGGAUGAGAAGAAAAGGGAGGAGCAUAGGCAGACGGCUUUGCCUCCUGCUCGAUAAGUGGAAUGUUUCGAUUACUUUCGAUGCGGUAUGAAGGGUGCUAAGGCGCUUCCACAUUUGAGGUCUGGAGAUCAUUUUUAUCCGUUUUCGCAUCAGCGACGGCGUUUAUGAGGGUGGGAAUUGCAUCAUUGCCCCCUAAAUUUGGGAGCUUUUCGAGAAUCGUGUCUUAAAAGUAUUACGAGCUUGUGCCCAAAGCCAACAACUGAAUCAAAUAGUAAUUAUAUGUGC